GGUCAUGGCUUCUCUUUUCCCGGCGAAGGGCGAGGGGGAAGGGGUUAGAGGCGACGACGACGCCGGUUCUGAGGAGGAAGACAGGGCUUCCGCUGCCCUCGGGGCUGCGGCCAGGAUGGAAGAAUCUCCGGGCCCGGGAUCGAACUCGGAAAGCCUCUCGUCGUCGCCCUCGCCGCCGCCGCCGCCGAGCCUGGCGGAGCAGUUCGAGAGGGCAGCGGAGCGGGUCCCGGCGCUGGUGUCGGUGGCCAGCAAAGAGCAGCUCCUGUACCUGUACGCGAGGUACAAGCAGGUCAAAUGUGGUAGCUGCAACACUCCCAAACCUGGAUUUUUUGACUUUGAAGGAAAGCAGAAAUGGGAAGCUUGGAAAGCAUUGGGCGAUGCAAGUCCUGAACAGGCAAUGAGAGAGUAUGUUGCUUCAGUGAAGAAACUGGACCCCACUUGGAAUCCACAGAUAACAGAAAAGAAAGGAAGGGAAGGAAAAUCUGCCUUUGGAGGCCCAGUUGUCAGCUCACUGUAUCAAGAAGAAACCAUCAGGGAAGAAGAUAAAAACAUAUUUGACUACUGCAGAGAAAACAACAUUGACCAUGUAACUAAAGCCAUCCGAUCAAAAAAAGUGGAUGUGAAUACGAAAGAUGAGAAGGGCAGAGCUCUGCUGCACUGGGCAUGUGACAGAGGACACAAGGAGCUAGCUGCAGUACUGCUACAACACACAGCUGAUGUGAACAGCCAGGAUGAUGAAGGCCAAACAGCACUUCAUUAUGCCUCUACUUGUGAAUUUUCUGAUAUUGUGGAACUGUUAUUGAAAUUCGGAGCUGACUCUACUCUUCGAGACACAGAAGGGUACUUGCCUGAGGAGGUGACAGACUGUAGAGUAAUCACUGCCAUGCUGCAGAAGCACACCGCUGGCAAAACUUAACCGAAGACCAAGGAAGUACAGAUAUCCCAGCUGAAGGAUUCCAAAAGGAACAAAGAUGGCAGUAACUCAUCUUACUGCCUGUGUGAUAUGGAACCACUUCUGUGACAGGGUUUAUUGUGAAUAUAUAUUUCUGGGACCAGAAAAUAAUGCAGUGGAGUACACACUUCUCGGCUCAGUCCUGCUGUGACCUACAAGGUGGAACACAACCCCAUCCAUCAGUUGUAACUUGCGAUGUGCUUGACAGCCCCAUUUUGAUGCCCCAAGAUGAACCUGAAUGGAUUUACAGAGCUUCUAGUGGCCCAUAAAAUAUGGUUUGUGGAUUGUGCUGAGUUUAGUACGACACGUUUCAUGUCGACCUUGCUACUGCAUGAAACUCAUUUUGCCAGUGAAGCUUUACCAUGGCUCUGGCCAUGACAUAAAGGAGCAGCCCGUGUUCUGAUCCUGUAUGUUUUUUCCCAAGUGAACACGCAUAGUAUUGGGUUGCUCUUUUGCAAAAUAUAGCUGACUAAGAAGAAAAAUUUUGGGCAGGAAUAUGGGAAGGACCCACUUUUCAAAGCUUUAUCUAGCAAACAAUACUACUGAAAGCAAGUGCUUUGUCAAUAUUGUUACUUCCCUGAAGUACAAAAGGGAAGCAGUUGCUUUCUCUAAGACAGUGGUUCCCAGUCUUGGGCAACCCGGGUGUUCUUGGACUACAACUCUCAGAAGCUUUUACCAACAGC